AUGUGUCUUGCCCUCGCUGAGCACACCGAUGACGGCGAUGGCACGGCGGUCUCGCUCAUACACGCUGGUCUCAUUGAGGCGUACAUUAGCGUCAUAACGGCACCGAGGUUCUUCGACUGGCCUGUGGCGUGGCGCGCGAGAAUCUACAUGGCUAUGCUUCUGGUGAUGGAAGGCGCGCGGACUGACACCUCUGCCAGAGAAAGAGUCUUUAGUACGACAACUGGAUUGUUUGGAUCUCUCUGGACGCAUCGUAGUUCCGUCAAGCUAGCAGAUCGCGGGGUAAUGCACCUGGGCGAUAUUGAGGACGAUUCGACCUUUUUGCUCAGGUUAAUUGAUAAGUACUAUAUGCUCUACAUGGAGAGCGAUAGAGUUCCAGGCAUGGACACAUAUCUAAACCACGUACACCUUCUCACUUGGGUUCUCGCGCGCGAAGAGGAUGAAGUCCCGAGUGAUAGGUUUGAGAUCAAUGCCUUGCUUCCCUCUUCACUUCACGCUGCAUGGGGCCCAAGUCUGUCUGAGAUUCGAAAGGCCGAACUCAAGAACCGCUUGACGACGACAGAAUACCUGGACAUCCGAGAUCGCUUCGUUGACGACUGCAUCUUGGAUGGCAUUGGAGGCGAACGCUUCAUCAAAGCAUGCGAGAUCGAACUCCGGAGUUUACUCGAUCAUAACAAGUGUGAUUGUGAGAACCAUGUCUACGAUUCUCGCACAAUCGGACUACACUUCAUUACCGCGGAAAAGUUAAUGCCCAUGGUCUUCCAAAGAGACUUAUUGGGCUUCUCCCUAGAAGUCAUGAAGCAACUAUUCGCGACUGAAUUCGGCGCGCCUAUGUGUACGAACCUCUGUCUGUUCUGCCAUAUGCUAUCAUACUACUAUGAUAUGUAUUCUGUCAAUCAUGGGGUUCGGGCAGCGGCUCCUCAUCAGUACCCUGACAUCGUCGACCUAUACGUAGCCGGCGUCGAACUGACCGCUGGGGGUUGUAACGAGAGCGUCACACAAGGAGAUCUCCAGGGCGCGUUGACCAUGGGAUUACGGAAUGUCAUGGACCGUAUGCAGGAAGAUCGCGAUGCACAAGAAGGCGAGUCACCGAAGUACAUGUCCCAGCUCAAGCGCCGUGCCAAACCCCUCUGGUAUCCAUCUCUGCGACGUCUUGAGCUCGCGCUUCCCAUCCUGCAACGAUACGAGCACGAUCCUCCAACACCCGUAGCAGACUUGCUAGAGGGCUGGUCUCAAUUUGGAGCCUUCAUAGGAUUGGACAUUGACAAGGAACGCAAGAGACAUGAGGGUGGAAUGCAGGAACGUUGCUGGUGGCGUUGCUGUGCGCAUCGAGGUGAUUCCGACCCUGCGACUCGGACCUCGAAACUUCUUCAAUGUGCAGGCUGUGGGCAGGCGCGGUAUUGUAGCAAGGAAUGUCAAAGGAUCGACUGGAAGACGGGAGGACACAAGAGAGUGUGCCGACGGCUCAAGUAA